CUCAGUGGUCGGUAUAUGCAAUAUUUUUACCUUUCUCAGGCUUUUACCACACUCCUCAGUGCGUUUGCGUUUGCCCGACAUCAGAGAGAAUAUCCUUGGCUCCUAAUAAAUUUUUCAGUGUACAGAGAGAGUGUACACUACCCCAAAAAUGUCUGCCGAAUCGACGACAGAAUAAUUUUUGAGCUACGGGACCGUCAAUGCGCAACUGAGCCACGCUAAAUUGUUUGAACUGGAAAUUGGACCGUUUCUUUAUAACUAUUGUGAAGACUUUGAAGUGUGAUACAGCGCCUUAGUCGACAUUCCCGAUUUCGCUAGAAAAGCUGUACGAUUAAAUCGUUUUAUAUUGGACACUGUGAUAAGGGAAGAGAAUAAUGGCAUUUGGAACUUGACGAAAAGUUGGCGGGAAGACUGAGACAAAUUCCAAAAACUGUCCGGGAAAAACACAUGUCAUUUCGGAGACACGUAAGUGUGACGCAACAGACACCGAAGUGGAUCGGACGCGGUGUUUAAAAUAUAGGUUGAUGGUCUCAUCGGUCGUUAUGGAUUCGCCUUGGGGAGCGAUGGUGCAAUACCGGCCGCUGCUGGUAGAUAUCAACCAAAUGAGCUACCAGAACACGGUCGCCGUUCGCAACACUGACGACUCCUGGUGGCUGGGAUACAUUCAAGACAUGGACGGCGACCACGCACUCAUCCACUUUGACUCGGCAAAGGUCACCGCUCGGUGGAUCCACAUGGCAAGCAUCUGGCUGCUGCCGUUCUACUGUGAAGACCUUGUACACGGUCAACCCCGAGGUUGCGCGGUGUACGUUGCAUUGCGUAGUGAAAACAACGGCCCCUUGCGCUUCCGACCUGCCGUCCUGUUGGAUGCGUUGCAUGGUUGUUCAACUGAAAGUUGUGGAAUGUUCUAUUUGAAAUCUGCGGAGCCCUACCCCAACGGCCUGGCAUGCGCCGCUCCUGCUGAACUGGUGGCAGCCGGGCAAGUGGCCGCGCAGUUGCCGCCCAGUGGUCCACCGUUGUUGGAGCGCCGCAGCGCCUUUCUCUACACCAAACAUUUCAUUCCCUUUACCCGGGCGCAGAGUGUUCUGAGCGAUGCCUCCGACAAAUUCCGCAUCAUCAAGCACCUUCGCGAUGCUUUUGAGCAGGAAAGGGAAUUCUUUUAUCCGAGGAGAAACUGCUGUCGUUUUCAUAUGCGCAUCGAGCGGGAUGGGUGCAUGUUUAUUACGAUAAAUACUGCCAACGCGGAGACAGCACAGUGGAUGGCGACGAUGUUGGCGCAAGUGCUGGACAAACAUCUGGCCAGCCGGAUUGAUUUGCCGGCCAUUGCCUUUGCACUAGGUCCCGCAAGAGCAGUUAUCCUUGGCGACACCGGCUGGGAAAGUGACGCACUGCACCAAGCUGUCGGUGCCCACAUAGGUCAGCUGACGCCGUGGCUCGUUGACUUCAUCCUGGCCCAUUUGGAUCUGUACUCACAAAUGACGGCCAAACGGGUAUGCGCGCUAUGGUCGCUCCUGUUAAGCAGUCCGCGCAUGACGGAGCACAUCAUUAUUCAUGUGGACAAUUGGCUGCAUCCGAAGGUACUGGUAGACAGUGGCAACUGCUACAAACUGCUGAAGCUGGUGAGCCGCUCCAUUAGUUCCACCACCAAAUGCCUCACCUUCCUCAACGCCUUUUUCCUUUAUCCAUCGUCUUAUAUAGAAAUGUUGCUAACAGCAAUGGGGAUCCGGCUGCCGUUGGUAGUCUUUAAAGACCAGAUUGUCUCCGAACCCAGCCUCAUUGUGGGACAAAACGAGCAUCGGCUGAAGCACGCUGCAGCUUGGGAGCCGACGUCUUACAAGCACUACUGCGAAUCCGUCGUGCUGUACAACUGGAAAGUGGCCGACCUGUUCGGGUUCACAGCGUCCCAACUGUUUCAGGGUGUACAGAUUAGAUACGAUAACAGUAUGCGUCUCCUGCCAGAGCACGAGCAGAAUUUGAUGAAACCCCUCAAAAUGGAGUCGCAUGCACUGGACAUUGACAAGCUGCAGAUCAGCAUUCCGCGGCUAGUUCUCAAAUGCAGCGAGGGCAGAAUGCGCAUGACUAGCCGCUUCAUGUGCGCUGUCAACGAGAACUUCCCGCCGGUCACCCCGGAUAUGCUAGCAAAGGUCACUGCUGUGCAUGCUCGUUGGGUGCGCAAUCUGGAGUAUCCGGAUGAAUGGCAGACCAUUCGCAUGUAUCUUUUAGUGUUCAGCGGUUUCCAUGCAGACGGCAGCCCACGAUAUUGGUGGAAGAUGGAUUUGCGGCUGCUUAAUGUGUCGACUCUUAGUAAACUGGCCAUUUACGGAAUCAACGAAAUAUUCGCUUUGUGAGGCAUAGACCGUGCUUUACACGAUACCAUUUCCUGGACGAAAAUAAUUUGAGCCUUAGUUCGAGACAUGCACGUAAAGCGCGCUUGACCUCCGAAUCUUGCUCAGAUUAUCUUGCGCUUUCGCUUUUUGGUUUUCUUCAUGUUCCUGUUUUUUUUAUUUUGCAACCUUUCGUGAUUUGUUAAUUUUCGCGCAAUCGAUUGCCAAAGUUUCUUUUCCGUUUAUUUAAACAGCAUGGAAACCACAGAUAAAUUUUUAAUUUUAUAUAUUUUUCAUGAUUACAUUUUGAUCUUGUAUUAGCUGGCUGUUUUUAUUCCUGUUUACUCUGCUGUAACUUUGUGUUUGAUGCAGACAUGUUGUGCUUAACGCAUCAUUCGUA